UGUCAACAAAUAAAUAGAAACGCCAUUGAGGAAAGAAAAAGCAGUACUUUCCUCUUUUUAAUUUGGUUUAUGGCUAAAGCAAAGCCUUCGGUUCAAUACUAUGAUCCAUUCGGCGUAUGGUCCUCAAUAGCAACGGAUGUUAAAAGCAAAAUCCCAUUACGAAAUUUACAAUGGGUGGAAUCAUUUCAAUAUAAAAAGCAUUUUAUCACGAGCUUAGAGCUUGAAUUCGUUCCAUGGGUAGAACAUUACACUUCGCUCGAUAAUUCUAAAGAUGCAACAUUAUUAAACACUCCGUUAGUGAAUAUGCUGAUCUUACCAGAAGAGGAUUCGGAUACGUAUAAAUUGCAACAUCGUCCCUUAGCAUUGGAUUGGUCAAAAAAGGUGUCUCAAAACGACUCUCAAUCCUGGAUGAUUGUUUUAGUAGCGCGUUCACAAGGCGUUAGACGAUCAUCUGGUCCAUUAGGCAGGACACAUUCAAGGUCAAGUUCCUACUUUAUAGCAAAGUCUACUAUUGACCGCCUUAGGAAUGAUUUUAAUACAUCUGGUAUAAACAGAUGUAUUCGACUUGAUUAUGUUCGAUUCGGAACGCCUGAUGCAGAGUGCUGGAAUACAUUUUUAGGUUGUUUGCAAAAGGCUAUUUUGAAUGCCCUAAAUUAUCGAUUCCUUCAACUUUCCGAACAAUCCAAGUAUAUAAACUUGCAAGAUACGUCGAUCUUUUCUGACUUGUUGGUUUAUUUCUUACAAAAGGAACGAUUAGGAGCUAGUUAUUCGGAAUUGUCUUUAUAUAACGAAUCCAUUGACCAGUUUGGUGAAAUGUUUGAAACAUUCAAUGAAAUUUUGAGGACAGCAGAUGGAAAAAACGACAUGGUAAAAUACUUUGGUGAAGGAGCAGGCAUGGUGCCGGCUCCCUCAGAAUUGAAUACUAGGAACUUACUUUUUGACUCAAAUCCCACGAAUCUUCAUCAACUCUUGGCUUCUGAAAAGUUCUCUUUAUUUCACGUUGGGUUUUAUUUGUUCUCAAAGCAAAUUCAGUUGAGUUUGCAAACAAAAAACUAUGACAAGUCAUAUUCACUACUUCAACAAUCAUUUCAGUUCCUAAAUUAUCCUCUUUUUGAGCAGUUUUCGAAUGAGAACCUCCUUCUUCUUCUACGGUUCAAAUACGAUUCUUGUAAUCUUUUGAAGAAUCUCAUAACUCAGAGUGCAAAGGACAACGACAUCAAGUUACCUAUGUCCGAAGCAAGACUAGCUCUAUUUAUUCGUUCUAUUCUUCUUAAAAUUGCAUUUUUGAAGAAAUUGUUUCAUGAAAACACACUCCUCCUUUGGCAUGAAGAAGGAUCUUUACCAAAGUUGGCGCGUAAUGAUGAAAUAGAUAAAGAGUUUCAAGAUCUCGAAGAAUUCUCAAGCUCGGAAUCAUUCUUAAAAAUGUAUAUACAACUUUCUGAGGAGGCUUUAGAAAUAUUUAAAGAAAGAAACAAUCACUUGUCUUUCAGUAACACUGCAUCCGAAACUGCUGUCGUAUUUUAUAUGCUCGGGAAUUAUGAAAAAGCGUACGAAAUGCUACAGAUUUCAAGCCUACCACUAUCUUGGAAAAGCGAUCCCUUUAAAGAGAAGUGGAUUCAGUUUUACAUUGAUACACUAAUAAAGGUUGACAAAACUCACGAGGUGAUUGAAUUCUUAGUAAGAAUUCUUAAAGAUUACAAAAGCACUGAUUGUUUCAAAGCAGCUGCCGAAAUAAUUGAUCAUAUUUCUCAAACCACGGAUUUAAAUUUGGAUGAUUUCUUUUGUAUCAGUCUAUCAAACAUGACCAAUGUUUCAGAGGAGUUAGCUCUGGAGCUUGAUGCUAAAAUUACUUCUUCCAUAUUUAGCUUGGAUAUGCUGGAAUCUGUCGUGUGUAAUUUGGUUUGUAAUUCUCAACCUUUUGAAAUACAAUUCCGCUUAAAAAGCAUUGAGAAUGAUUCAAAAAUUAUUUUGAGCUGUAAUGAUAUUCUUCCCGGAAGUUAUUCCGUAAGUCAAGUGAUAAUUAAACCAAAAGGAAUGCCCCUGCUUUUCAAGAAAGACAGAUUUGUUCCCCAACAAGAAAUAGAGGUCUUCCAACCAUCUCUGAAUGGACGACAUCUUUCUAUAGUACAAGCAUCUGCACCUCAGCUUUUUUUGAACGAUAGAUUUGAAUCUGCUUUUCGGAUAUGCUUUGGAAAAAAAUUCGAUGAGAAUCAGAAAGUGAGCUUAACCUUUGAAUCAAGCAAUAAAGAAGACCAAAGCAGGAUAAGCCAAUGCUUCCUUAAUGAACAUUCUGACUGUACUUUAUCUAUUCAGGAUGAUGUCGCUUAUCUUGAAAACUUUAGGCGCCUAGGAAAUGCUGUUUUAAACUUUCCUAUUUUAAAAAAUGAGGAAAGAAAUGAUUUGAUUAAAUUAAAUUACAAAACUCAAGAUGAUAACAUUAUUAAUUUUUAUCUGCCAGUAAUGGAAAACAGACUAGAUUUUGCGAAGAUUUCCUGCGAACUUGAUGAAAAUGAGCAAGAUUCACAAGUUUUUUUUCUUAAAAUAAAGCCCAAGGAACCAAUAUUAUUUUUCGGAUGGAGAAUUAAAACUACAAAUUUGGAUAGUCAAGAAACGGAUGAAUACGAGAUACCCUACAAUCUAACAAUUUUGGAUACGAUAGAUUGUUUCAAAGUAACCUCAUCGAAGGGUUGGCAGCGAAAAAAACAUAAUGUCACUGUGGAGUGUUUGCGGAUUAGUGACCUUCUUUUCGAAUAUUUGUACAAUGAGUGUGAACAAUAUCUAAACCAAAUGAACAUAAACGUUAUAACAAAUUGGAUUAAAUGCAUUUGUCGUAAAACUAACGAUACCAUAGUUGCGUUGAAUGGUCAGAUUUCAUUGCCUGAAUUGGCAAGUAUGCCCGAGACUAAACAAAUGAAGCUGUUAAUGAAAAACAACCAAACGUUUUUGGAAGAAUUCUCUGGUCUUUUAAAGUUUUUGAAAGCUCCCCCGACAGUCAAAGACGUACUAUCGACAUUACAAUUGCCUAACAGAGAAAAAGUAACGGCAUGUUUUGUAACACCUAUGAACGGUUUGCAGACGUUGGGACCUAUCAAAUUACAAAAUAAAAAGGACAUGGCCCAAGUUGAUUGCUCAUGGAAGUUACCAGCAAGCAUAUCUUUGAACAUUCCUACGAGGGUACAACUUGAGUUCAUGGUUGCCCAUAUGCCUAGCAACAAUGAAGUUGAUCGUGAAAACCGCAGAGUGGAGCUCAUGUACGAAAUAUCAACUUUUACAAAUUCUAUUCUUUUUGCUGGUCCUAUACGCAAAAAAGUGUCCUUAGAUGGAAUGGGAGCUACAAUACGAGAAACGUUUACAGUUAUAUUCCUAACAGCAGGUAGACUGUUGCUACCAGAUAUAUAUGUUCAUUCAAAGGAUGAUAGUAUUUUGACAGUAAAAAAUCCAAAGUACGCUAUGGUUGGUCGUUCUCCUUGAACCAUCCGGACCAUAAUAAAAUACUCUGAAAUAACAUCAAAUAAGCAUUGGCGAAAAAAUCGCGAAAUAGUAUCCUCUGUGAUUUCAAUUUUUUAACGCAAACGUCUAGCUUCACGUUCGGAUUCUAACAAGACAAGGAUGUCGUCUUCGCGAACAGGACCCUUAACGUUACGAAUGAUGGAACGAGAAGUGUCAUCCAUGAAUUCGACACGGACUUGGGUGACACCACCACUACAGAAGUUAGACAGUUUUUCUUUAAAAAUCCACGAUCUACUUACCGAGAUCCGGUACGUCCAAGGACUUUAAUAACCUUAGCCAAUUUGACUGGGACCUUUGAGGAAUCCAUGUUUGUUGAAAACUACGCGUUCAGUGUACAAGUUUUGAUAUGAAUAGAAAUAACAGUCACGAUCUCAAAUACAGACGGUUGUGCAUUGCUCUUUAAUCAAAUAACGAGUGACAGACUGGUACGGUAAGUGACAGUUACCGUAUUCAAGUGGGUUUUGUAUACGUUUUGUAGAAUUGGAGCAAAACAUCUAAUAAUUUAACAUUUAUUUAUAGAAUCAGGAAAGAUCGUGUGUUUGAAAUACUAUUUCUAUUUAGUUUCAUAUGUUUGACGAUUUCUGAACCUGCUAUGAAAUUAAAUUUUGAACAAACAGCAUUAGAGCACUUGCGUAAACAUAACCCAAAAAAAUAUCAAAACGUAGAAAUUGGGUUGUUUUUACACUACAACUGGUUGUAACCUAGAUUUUAAAUGAGUAGUUAUAAUAAUGAGUAUAUAAACAUAUAACAGAG